AUGCCCCUUAGCUAUUCAUACAUAGCGCAGCCCCUGCCGCUUGGCGUGGCUGACGCGUGGGCAUACAAAAGCCGACGUGCUUCAAUCCUUCGCUCCCACUGCAUCGUUAGCAAGCUAGCGGCAGUCUUUUGCGAGGCGUUCAUUCGUCUUUCGCACACAGAGCUUCUCACGCCCAGGCGCACUACACAAAAAGGCACCAACGUAGAUCCCAUCUCUCCAGACAAGCCCAUCGUCGUUACUUUUGCUAGUCAACGACGAUCGAGCCAGGAUGUCAUCUCGUUCGUCAAACCUCGGAAAGAGUGCAUUUCACUAUCGCUACUCGAAUCUCGCCUUCUUUGUCGUUGCAGCCCUGCUUGCGGCACCUGGGCUCGUACGAGCUCAGGGAGACUAUCCCUCAAUCCCAUCUCUAACAAUUCAGUCUGUCGAGCAGACCCCGCUAAUCCUCAGUAUGGCUUCUGUGGCUACGUAGGCGCUACCUGUUCGACUUCGGACGAUUGCGACUACGGUGUCUGCAACAGCGGCAAAUGCGGCGGCUACAUGGGAGACACUUGCUCCAGUGAUCUCGACUGCAUGGCCUUCUUCAAUUGCUCGCCCACCGACGGCACCUGCGGCGGUGCUGGCGCAACAUGCGCAAAUGGAAACCAAGAUUGUACAUCUGACUCUUGCGAUACGUCUGGCAAAUGUGCAGCGCCUCCCUCUGCAGGCAUGGCCGAUGGAAGUCCCUGUGGCUCCGAUACAGUGUGCAGCAGUGGCUCUUGUGGCUCUUCUUAUCAAUGCGCCAGCUCAACAAGUCUGACUGCCUCUCAAAAAGCGCGACUACGCCACAAGCGUCGAUCGACCGGACCCGGCAAACUCACUCACGGCGGCGAAGUCGUCUACCGGGAGGACAUCCGUUGUCCACGCGGCCAGACAGCUUGCGCUCUCGGCUUGUCGAGCGAAAACGUAGGAUACGAAUGCGUCGACACAACAGUCACGCUCGAAUCUUGCGGUGGUUGCAUCCCGCUCGGUCUGAACGAGACGAUGGCAUCCAAUGAGGCAUGGGGCACAGAUUGCACCACUCUACCCAAUGUCGACAUUGUCUCUUGCUCUUCGGGCGCCUGCAAGAUCUCCUCAUGUCUUCCCGGUUUUAACAGAGAUCCCGACAGCUUGGGCUGUUUCUGAUUAUUUCGGCGGUCACGACACGGUCUUGCUUGUUGUUCUGUUGCAUUGCUUUCGGGUUCAUGAAUCUCGGCGCCAUAUAUCAUACGUCAUGCAGUCAUGCGCGUCGAGCGUGUCAGAAGAGAGACGAAUUCAAGCAGUCCAUGCUAUGCUAUACUGUCCUGCUUUAUUCAUUCUAGUCCAAUCUUGAUCUCUCAGCAACAUUUGUGCAGCAUAGCAGUCCGAAUGCUGCCAUGCGGAUAACGCUUCGUACGCCUUCGACGCGCGAUCGUUGACGACGUCGAGUACCGGCCUCGGGC